AAUAACUUAGAGGUACUAAAUGUAUAUUUGCAGUCAUGUAAACUUUAGACAGCAAGAGGACUACAGAACAUCCGAAAAGUAUUUUUUACGUUUAUAUUCGUUAAUAUUCUGUAAACGGAAUCAAAGUAUGCCGAAUUGGCCAUAAGCCGUCCCUGCGUGUCGGGCACCCACUGAGGCCCACACAACCAACACCGGGUCCAUCAGAUACUCAGGAAAACCUUAAAGCUCGAUGUUUCUCGGGCGAGUUCCGAAGCCGCGUUUUUCUUCGAUUUCCAAACGGAUUUGCUGACGUUUCCCCGCGACGGACCCGAGCCGAUCCCGUGAAGGCGCCCACCCAGUGGUCUCAGCAGGAGCCCACAUCACGUGUUCGGCUCCCGGCUGAAGUCGUCACACCUCACCGAGAAACCAGUCGGUCUCGACCUGCGACGCCUCGUCGAGCUGCGGGCUUUCUGCAGGAGAAUGCAGAAAAUGAAGUCGAACUGCUGGGGGCCAUCGACGAGACGUUUGGAGCUGAAAGGCGUCUGAAAAGCGAGCACCACCCAGCAGCGGAGUCACCACCCAUCACUCCGGUGGAAACCGCCGAUAACAAGCGGACGGGAAUUGAACUCAGGCAGGUGAGCAGGAACGCGAUGGUGUGUGCGCUGGUUUCCCUCGUCUUGACCGUCCUGCUGGCGUUCUCGUCUUCAGCAGGGGCGGAGCCGUCCUCUCCGUGCCCACCUCAGUGGCUCCCGUUGGGCCAGAGAUGCUUCGCUUUCUACCCCGUGUGGAGCUCGUGGACCACAGCUAAGUCUAUGUGCUCUCAAACAGGUGGUGACCUGGCGUCGCUUCACACACCAGAAGAGAGGAGUUUUGUUGAAAAACUAGCGAGCACACACACUCCUGUGUGGUUGGGAGGACACCAGCCACAACAGAACGGCGCCUGGAAUUGGACUGAUGGUACGCCGUUCAGGAUCAGCGGCUGGACCAAUCAGGAGCUGGGGAACACCAGAGAGGCUUGCUUGCAAAUGGAGCCAAAAAGUGGAGAGCUGCACGCCGCCCCCUGUGGAGAGCUUAGGUUCUACAUCUGCUCCACCAAAACCAGUUCUCAAGUCGUCCCCGAAGUCAGAAAACCACCUGAGCCAGGUAUCGUCCCCAAUGUGAGCCUGUUCGAUGUGACGUGGAGCUACAGCGACUCGGUGGCGGAGGAGAUUCUCCGCUCAUCCUCUUUCCUCAAGGAGCUCUGGUCCGGUCACCUGACGCCGCGGCGCUACGCCAGCUUCAUGCAGCAGGAGGCGCUCUACCUGCACAGAGUCAGCAGCACGCUGGAGGCCCUGCUAAGCAGUUUAGGGGAAGCAGAUGACGUGAGCUCACUGCUGCAGGAUACACUUAAAGACUACAGCAGCAGGAACCAGAGCCUCGCCGCCUCGCCUGCCCCACAGUGGCUCCACUCCUCCCUGCAGUCGUUCCACCCGGUGGUCUUGGAGGAGCCGGUCUACUGGCUGGUGGCUCUGUCGGCCCGGGCCUGCCUCUGGGGCUUCCUGGCCCAGGAGCAGCCCCGGUCUGAGCGCUGGACUGGUGGAAGUCCGCCGGGUACAGACAGCCUCUACCAGGAGUGGAGAGAGGAGAGUCUGAAGGAGGUCGAAUGGACACAAAGGUACAGAAAGGUGAUCGAGAAACACCAGGAUCAGAUGGACGUGUUCAAAGCCGUAAACAUCUUCAGAGAGCACAUGAUGAACCAGAAGAGUUUCUACAAGAUGCUAGACGCCGAUGUAGCUGACGAUAGAGAGUGAAGAGGAGAGCCGGACGAGGCCGCCGAUGAAGGACCGUAGCAACAGCCUCCUAACGCAAAGCAGAAACAGGCUGCGGGUUUAGCACAAAAUGUGGGGCUGUUCCUUUAACGCCACUGGGUUUAUACUAUAUGUAUGUGUGUGUAUAUAUGUGUGUUUUACAGAGGACGUUAAUAGAUGAACGUGCUGAAGUUUUCUGUUUUUUCUGACAAGACUCGAACACAACAAAGGCACAACCCUGUUGCAUCUUCCUGUCCAACUGAGACCAGAGACGUCCGAGGUGGUCCACAGUGAACGGGGGCUUACAGAGCUGUUUUAAUGUAAUGUUCAUGUGGAAAACAUGUUUUUACGGCCAAUUUUCUUCAUGUGUUUGGUAUAAGCGGUAGACACAAUACAUUUAGUUCUGUUAGAUUAGAUUUUCAUGCUUUCUUUUUGCAGUGAAAUACCUUUCGGUAUUGGCAACAUACAUACAUUUCCAUACAUUCCUGUAAGGAAAGCAAACAGGCAUUAGCAUUUUUUUCUUUUCAAUUCCGAUACAUAAUCAAUACUAUAUUUUCAAAAAUGAAAAUAGAAUUCGAAGUCUUUUGUCUAGAAGUGGGUGUAAAUAAUUAUUUUGGCCACUUAGCUCCAUUGACUGCCGUUCAUUGAGGACAUCUUUAUAUGCAUGCAGUAAAACAAAGACCCAAGACUUGGGUCUUUGUUCGUGCUCCUUCCUUCUCUCUGCCUUUCAGAGGGAAACAUUGUGCUUUGACAUGAUUGAUACUGUGUUUUGCACUUUUUAAAAUGAUUUGUUGUUUUAUUCUCUUCUCUUCCGCCUCGGUGUAUUUACAUAUUUCAUUUCCUCUGACUCAUUUCUAAUGAUUUGAAUGUGUUUGUAAUGAUGUUGAGAUUUGGUUGUUAAAUAUUGUUAUUUGCUUUGUGAUAUUAAUGCUCUCGCUUAAAUAAAUAGUCUGAAUACUUCCUCCUCCACCGCAGACGAGGAGCAAAAACAA